UGGUUCACCAUCCAAUUCUGUUCCUUUAAAUAUACUACCAAAAUGCAAGUUUUGCUUCACCACUGAAAGCCAUUCGUCUUCUUCUCUGGCUGAGGAGAACAUUUGGGUCUUGUAGUCUAAGAUAAGAGAAAACAAGGCUCUUCAAAUAGGAAGCGUGAGCAGACUGAAUCUGUGUUCAUCCAAUAUGAAGAACCAAUUUCCAGAUCAUGUCAUCGGAAUUCCAGUUAACUCACUAUCUUAUACAGUUGAAAAAUCAGCAGAAAAACCUACUACUGUAUCAGAAACUGCUAGCCCAUAUUUUAUUUCCACUCCUUCAAAGAAAUCUCCCAGAUCCAAACAAUAUAGACUUGAAACACUGAUAGAAUGGAUCAACAAGCUGGGAAAAAAAGCUGAAAGUUUCACACAUGGAGUUUGUGAUCAUGUUAAAUUAGGGCCCAAGGUAUCUGCAACUGUAAAGGGGAAGUUGGGCUUAGGUGCCAGAAUUCUUAAAGUAGGUGGUGUUGAGAAGUUAUUCAAGCAGAUUUUCAGUGUUAAAGAAGGAGAGAAGCUAUUGAAUGCUUCCCAAUGUUAUUUGUCAACAACAGCUGGUCCUAUUGCAGGACUCCUCUUUAUCUCCACUGAAAAUGUUGCCUUCUGCAGUGGGAGAUCUCUUGCAUUCACUCUGCCAACACAAGAGUUGAUUAGAAUAGCUUACAAGGUCAUGAUUCCAUUAAAGAAGAUAAAGGGAGCCAACGAAAGUGAAAAUGUGAAAAAUCCAAACCAGAAGUACAUACAAGUAGUUACUGUGGAUAAAUUUGAGUUCUGGUUUAUGGGUUUUCUAAAUUAUCAGAAAGCUUUCAAGUAUAUUCAACAGGCCAUCUCUUAA